CUCGCUCUCCCUAGAGUGGGCUGGGCCGGAAGCGGAAGUGCUGGCCAGUGUCUGCAAGUUCCAAUCUGGCCAUGGAGGAGUCUCAGUUCAGGGAACCGGUGCUGGACGCCAAAUCCGAGGUCACCUGCCAGCUUGUAGAUUUUCAGUGGAAACUGGGCAUGGCUGUGAGCUCUGACCGCUGCAGAUCCCUCAAGUACCCGUAUGUGGCAGUGAAGCUCAAAGUGGCCGAUCCUUCUGGUCAAGUAAACACCAAGACCAUCGAAAUGACAAUCCCACAAUUUCAGAAUUUCUACAGACAGUUCAAAGAAAUUGCCGCUGUCAUUGAAACUGUGUGAGGACUGAUUCUGAAGUAGUGGACUCUACCUUCCAGAAAAGAGCUGCAUACGGAUGAAAGAUAUUUAUACAAUGAAAAGUGAACUUCUGGGGCUGGAUAAGUGGCUCAGAGGUUAAGAGCACUGGUUGCUCUUUCAGAGGAUUCAAGUUCAAGUCCCAGUAACCACAUGACAGCUCACAGCUGCCUGUAACAUCAGGACCAUGGAGUCCUACACCCUCCCACAGACAUCUAUGCAGGCAAAGACCAAUAGGUAGAAAAUUAAAAAUUAAAAAAUUUCACUUCCCAAUUUUUUCCCCAGUUUUUAAAAAAAAAUUGAUAAACUCAAAUUAUUUUAGUGGUGACCAAUUCUUUGCCUUUUCAGUGAGCUAAAAGUGUCUGUUGAAUACUAAUGUGUGUGUAUGUAAUUAUAUCUCACCAGGUGAGUAAAUGAUACUUUUAAAUGUAGCACAGUUUUGUAUAUUAGGAUAAAAUUUUCAUAUCUUAUUGAUACAGAUCUAACUAUGAAUAAAAUCUUGUAUAUGAAAUUAGGAGAGUAAUCUUGGUUAAAGCUGCUUUACAAAUUCA